AUGAACCUAGAGCUGUAUGUAACACUCGCUGAUUUGUCGAGGCUGCCGCGUGGAGAGCCUCACGAUGUUAAGACGCUUAUAUGCCGUGCGGACACGGUACGGGCUCCAAGGCCUAGGGAACUUCUUUCCGGGCGUGUGUUUGACAUUAGUGGGCAGCUGCUUGAUACAGAGUACAAGGGGAUGCCAGGCGAGACGUGCGUGCACGUUUUUUUCUACGAUGAGUGGGCCUCCGCUGCUUCUUUCAUCGAAAGGGAUGAUAUUGUAAUUCUUAAGGGAUUUACUGUGUACGACACCCCACGCGUUGGAGACCAUGAUGUCGAGUUCCCAUUUUUUGUUACACCGAUUCCUCAUAUGGCCGCGUUGCGUGCCUUGCAGAAGGGGCACAAAGAUGACAUCAUGGAGGUGACGGUGACGGCCGAUGCGCUGGAGACGCCGAACAUUCGUGUCAUGCCUAAAAGGCUCUGGGGCUCGUACAUCGCUAACGACAUGCAGUGUCCACGCACAAACAACGACUGA